GGUGACGGUCCCCCCCCGCCGCAGCCGUGGGCCCGGCCGGGCUCGCAGCCCCGGUCAGGCCUUGAGGGCGGCACGGCGUCCCCCUGCUGCUGGCGCUCCAAAUAACAUCUCCCUUUCCCCCUCUCCCGUCUGCAAGGAGGUGAGGAUGGCGUUGGGGACACUCUUGAGGAAGCCGCCGCUGCCGCCGGGCAGUUGUCGAGCCUUUUGGGGAUGGCUGAAUGCCGUGUUCAACAAGGUGGACCACGAGCGCAUCCGAGCCGUGGGUCCUGACCGCGCGGCCUCGGAGUGGCUGCUGCGCUGCGGGGCCCUGGUGAGGUACCAGGGCUCGCCCAAGUGGCAGCAGGACUACAAUGGGCUACCCACAGGGCCCCUGGGCAAGUACAAGAUCGAAGCCAUCAAUGCCACCGACUCCUGCAUCAUGUACAGAGGAUUUGACUACCUGGGUAAUGUACACACGGGGCUUCUUCUUAAUGGCUUUCAUUUUCCUUGCCUUGAAAUCUUAUAUCUACUCGUUAGCUUUCAUUAUUACUAACUUUUUAAUUAUUUC